GGCUACUGAUGGGCCCUGAGUAGCUCUGGGCCCCGUCGUUCGGUUGCCGCGCCACGCCGGACUCUGUUCCGCACUGCCUCGGGCGCACUCCUUGCCGCGUAAGGGCUUGUUCCUCCGGGAAGUGUGCGUGCUCCCUCCUUCCCCCGCCCCCCUUCCCUUUGAUCCUGCCGCGCACUGCGUACCCCACGCCGAUCCCCUGCUCACCUCCCGCCUGGUGGCGGACCCGUGGUCAUGCAGACCCAGCAGCUAGCAGCGCCGAGUACGUGUCCCCGCAAACCCUCCCGGAGCCUCUCUGGUUCACUUUGUGCCCUGUUUUUUGAUGCAGACUCGGGAUCUGGGAUGAAGGCGGAGCUUGUUCCUCGGCCUGGGGCAGGGGGGAGGGAGAUGACCCAAGAAGAAAAGCUGCAGCUUCGGAAGGAAAAGAAACAGCAGAAGAAGAAACGGAAGGAGGAAAAGGGGGCAGAACCAGAAACUGGCUCUGCUGUAUCUGCAGCCCAUUGUCAAGCAGGCCCGACCAAAGACCUGCCUGGACUGGACAGUCAGUUGGGCAGUGCCAAGGAGAAAGUUCCAGCAGGUCGGAGUAAGGCUGAACUUCGAGCUGAAAGGCGGGCCAAGCAGGAGGCUGAGCGGGCCCUGAAGCAGGCAAGAAAAGGGGACCAAGGAGGGCCACCUCCUCAGGCCUGCCCCAGCACAGCUGGAGAAAUGCCCUCAGGAGCGAAGCGUCUACCCGAGCAUAGUCAGGUUGAUGACCCCAUGCUUCUGAGGAGGCUUGUUAAAAAACCAGAACGGCAGCAGGUUCCUACACGAAAGGAUUAUGGAUCCAAAGUCAGUCUCUUCUCCCACCUACCCCAGUACAGCAGACAAAACUCUCUGACCCAGUUUAUGAGCAUCCCAUCCUCUGUGAUCCACCCAGCCAUGGUGCGACUUGGCCUGCAGUACUCCCAGGGCCUGGUCAGUGGCUCCAAUGCCCGGUGCAUUGCCCUGCUUCAUGCCUUGCAGCAGGUGAUUCAGGACUACACCACACCUCCCAAUGAAGAACUGUCAAGGGACCUAGUGAAUAAACUAAAGCCCUACUUCAGCUUCCUGACUCAGUGCCGUCCCCUGUCCGCGAGCAUGUACAACGCCAUCAAGUUCCUUAACAAGGAGAUCACGGGUGUGAGCAGCUCCAAGCGGGAAGAGGAGGCCAAGUCAGAACUUCGAGCAGCCAUCAAUCGAUACGUGCGAGAGAAGAUUGUGCUUGCAUCUCAGGCAAUCUCACGCUAUGCUUAUAAGAAGAUCAGUAAUGAAGAUGUGAUCCUGGUAUAUGGAUGCUCAUCUCUGGUAUCACGAAUUCUUCAGGAGGCUUGGGCUAAGGGCCGGCGGUUUCGGGUGGUAGUGGUGGACAGCCGGCCACGGCUGGAGGGAAAGCACAUGCUACGUUUUCUGGUCCGUGCUGGGGUCCCUGCCUCCUACCUGCUGAUUCCUGCAGCUUCCUAUGUGCUCCCAGAGGUUUCUAAGGUGCUGUUGGGAGCUCAUGCACUCCUGGCCAACGGGUCUGUGAUGUCACGGGUAGGGACAGCGCAGCUGGCCCUGGUGGCACGGGCCCAUAAUGUGCCAGUGCUGGUCUGCUGUGAAACAUACAAGUUUUGUGAGCGUGUGCAGACUGAUGCCUUUGUCUCUAAUGAGCUAGAUGACCCUGACGAUCUGCUGUGUGAGCGAGGAGAACGUGUGGCCCUGGCUGACUGGCAGAACCACUCGUCCCUACGGUUGUUGAAUCUGGUCUAUGAUGUGACCCCCCCAGAACUGGUGGAUCUGGUGAUCACGGAGCUGGGCAUGAUCCCUUGCAGUUCUGUACCUGUUGUGCUGCGAGUCAAGAGUAGUGACCACAUCGCCACCGCUUAGGUUAGGAGUCCAGACUCUCCAGCCCCUCUUAGCACCUGCUACCAACCUCCAUGCCAGUGCUUUGGGGCCAAAGUGAAGGUCAGUAUGGAGACCAAAAACUAUCCAAGUCAUCAACCAUUUAUUGAGCAUCUAUGUGCCAGACACUGAGCUAGAUAUGAGGAAAAGUAUAAUAAGGACAAAUAAGAGUCCUAUCCUUAGUAUUUUAGUGUUAUUAUUACAUUAAUAUUUAAGUUAAAUCAGUAUGUUGAUAUUUAUAUUAAAUAGUUACACAUUAAUAUAUUAAUAUUUUGUAUCUUUAGUAUUGAGUGUUUACUGUGUGUCAUAAACUGUUGUAGUCCCUUUCUUAUCCAUUUAGGAAGAUUAAUACCACUCUAUGAAGUGUGAUUUUAUAGAUGAGAAAACUGGGGCACAGAGAGGUUAAGUUACUUGCCCAAGGUAACACUAACUAAACCGGCAUGUGAUCUCAGGCAUUCUGGAUCUAGAGACUGUGCCCGUAAUUUUUAUGCUAUCUGCCAUUAAGGAGUACUCAUCAUGAUGGAGGAAGACAGAUGAUAUCUACAGUAUGAGAUACAUUCUACUAGUAGUAUGAACAGAGUUCAUUGGAAGCAACCCAGGAUGUUGCCAGGAGAUCUAGUGAGGUUGGAGAAGACUUCACAGGUAACAUCUGACCUAGUCUUGAAGGAUAAGAAGUUUCCCAGUUGGAAAAGAAUGACAACGCAGAUCAACAGAGGAAAUAACUUAAACAGACUACAGAAUAGGCUUUAAAGUGACUGGCCAAUUCCAAAGUGCCAAGUAGUGUGGUAAAGCUAGAACCGCGGCUUAUGUGGACAAUUAGUGAUACAGCUGCUAACGUAGGUUGGAUUGGGUCCAGGUUGUGAGAGUCUAACCAUUGUGGUUAGCCUAAAAAAAAUGUUAGAGUCAUCCAUUUUGUGUGUGUGUGUAUGUUUUAUUGAAAAAUUUCAAGCCGCAUAGAAGUAUAGUGAACUAUACAAAGAAUCCCCAUCACCAAAUGUAGUAAUUACCAAGAUUUGCCACAUAUGCUUUUUGUUUCCCUUUUUUUCCUUGCUGAAGUUGUAUUAGAGCAAAUCCCAGUCAUUAUAUCGUUUUACUCCUCCAAACGUCAGUAUGUCUCUAAAAAAUAUGGAAGCUUACCAUGUCAUUACACUUAUUAAACUCUUCCUUAUUGUCCAAUCCAUAAUCAAAUUUCCUUGAUUGUCUCAAAAGCAGCUUUUUACUGUUGAAUCAGGAUCCAAACAAAUCCAUAUAUUACAUGUC